AUGGUCUAUCAGUUGAAGGAUCCGAUGGAGCUUUCCUCCUGUGCGGUGGGUGUCCGUAAGCCACGAACCAAGACACCCCAAAUUUGCCCACCCAGCCACGAUCACCAUCCCGCCGGCCACCAACCGGUGUACGGCAGCACAGGUCCUGUACGACAGCGCAAACAGCAAGACCCAACAAUGCAGACAGAAUUUUCCAACCUGUCCCGUGAGGAACGACGCCGACGACGGCGUGCCACGCUCAAAUACCGCACGGCUCACGCCACACGUGAACGGAUUCGCGUCGAAGCCUUCAACGUGGCGUUCUCGGAGCUGAGAAAGCUGCUUCCGACGCUGCCACCAGACAAAAAGCUGUCCAAAAUCGAGAUCCUCAAGCUGGCCAUCUGUUACAUCUCGUAUCUGAAUCACGUGCUGGAUGCAUGA